UCCAUAGUUUAUUUUGUUAAAUAUAUAAGCUUUUUAUUUGAAGUUUUAGUAGCAUAUAAUCUGAUUUAUAGGCGGAGUAAUUUAGUAGGAGUGUGAGUUAAUUUAUGUAAGUUGAGAGUGAGAAGAUAAGAAUAAUAGUAUUUGUGUAGACCAAUCACAAUGCUCCAAUUCCAUGCAGAUUUUGGAAAGUUUGGCAGUUGGAUGGAUAUCUCCAUCUCCAUCUCCAUUAAUUAAGAGUGGAGAUUCAUAGUUACACUCUCAAUCUCACCCUUCCGCCUCUCUCUGCUUACGCUCUCACUUGGAAUUUCAGCUUCGUCUCCCAUCGCCGGCUCUGAAUUCGUCUCCGUCUAGUCUACGUAUGUUAUACUUCCCCUUUCCUUUCAGAUCUGUAAUUUUUGAAACUUAAUUUCGUUCCUACAUUUUGAAAAAAUUACUGCCUUUGAUGAGUUGAGUAUAUAUAUGAAUUUUUAGGAGUGCUACAGUGGCGGACACAGUAAGGCUUAAAAAGGGUUAUUUUUCUUAAUUUUUGCUUGUAAAUUUUUGAAACUUUGGAGAGUCAUCUUCUCCAGCCCUCACAAAAUCAAUGGCUCUGAAGAGAAAAUGUUCAAGGUUGAAUUGUUGGAAGGGGCUGAAUGAAUCUGAGUUUUCGAAAUUGCAGAAGAAAGCAAUAAUGGCCUUUGGUGGUUCAAAAGAGAAGAUAAUGAACAAGACACAAGUCAUGGCUACAUUACUACUCAUGCUUACUGUAUUAUCUUUGGUUGCGCCCCGAAUCCAAGCAGACCACAACGUCACCAUUUCUCUAUUGGACUCCGCUAUUGCCAUAGGAGCUGUCUGUCUCGAUGGCACCCCUCCGGCCUACGCUUAUAGCCCAGGGUUUGGUGACGGUUACCACAACUGGCAUGUAUAUCUUGAGGUAUACAAAGAUGAAUAACUUCCUCGAUUUUAUUGAGAAACACGAUAGAUAGAUUCAAUAAAUAGUAUUGAACUCUGAAUUUGAAUGUACACGGUUCCACUUAGUAAUAAUUAAAUGAAAUCAAUCAUUUUAUUUUUCCCAGAAUUAAAUUUUUAUUUUAAACUUGAUUUUAAUUUGAUCAAUAUUAUUUAGUGAAACUGUGAAAGCAUUUAGGAGUAUGAGAAAACAAUGAUAAUAUAGUAGUACAAAAGAAAAGAUUAUGGAAAAUGGAAAUCAAGGAAAGGAGUUUGAGAGAAAUAUAAGGAAAGAAGUGAUCAAUUGUGGGGCCCUGGUUAUGAAGCAUGGUACUGUCAAGAAAGGAAAAGGGAAUAUCCUACACACCAAGAAAGGAAAGAAGCAUAAACCACUCUAUUCUAGGAAGAAGAAUCAAAUCAAUAGGGAAUUGAUACAAUUAGAAUAAAUUGAUCUUUUCCAUAUUUAUCUUGUAUUUACAACUAUAAAAGGGAGUGCAUUGUACACAGUGAAAUAUAAGAUAUACAACAGAAAUCCUACGAUACUUACAAUGUUUUCUA